AUGGAUCUGAGGGCCAAGCACGGGCUGGGUCUGCUGGAUCAGCUCAACAGGAUGCGAGAGACCGAGCAGCUGACGGACGUGGUCCUGGUGGCGGAGGGCGUCACUUUCCCGAGUCACAGAGUGGUCCUCUCCGCUUUCAGCCCUUACUUCCGGGUGAUGUUUACGUGCGGCCUGAAAGAGUGCGUCCACAGGGAAGUCUUCCUCCGCGACAUGCCGGCCAAAAGCCUGGCCCUGCUCCUCAACUACAUGUACAGCUCCAAACUGCCGCUGUCCAACGAGAACGUGCAGGGCGUCUCCGUCGCCGCGUUCCUCCUGCAGAUGGACGACGUUUUCAGCCGCUGCCAGGUCUACAUGACGGAGAACAUGGAUGCCUCCAACUGUCUGGGGAUCUAUUACUACGCCCGUGACCUGGGCGCUGAGGAACUGGCCGACCAGGCGCAGCGGUACCUACGUCAGCACUUCACCGAAGUCUGCCUGACCGAGGAGGUGCUGGAGCUGGAGGCCCAUCAGCUUGGAGUGCUGUUGAGCUCAGACGAUCUGAACGUGUCGCGGGAGGAGACCAUCCUGGAAGUGGUGCUGCGCUGGGUUAAUCACGACCAGUCGCUGAGAGGAGAACGGGCCCGGCACCUGGCGGAACUCCUGAAGAAGGUACGACUGCCCCUGGUGAGCCCUGACUACCUACGGGAGACCCUGAAGAGAAACGUGGUGCUGUUAGCGGACGCAGAGUGCACACAGAUGAUGGAGGAAGCUAUAGAGGCUGCCGAACUCCACCCGAACGCUACGCCCAGACGUCUGAAGCUCAGGUACGGGAUGGAGACCACGGAUCUGCUGCUCUGCAUCGGGAAUGACGGAGGAGGAAUACGUUCACGCUACAGCAGCUACACCGACCGGAGUUUCUGCUAUGCACCAUCCACUGGGCGCACGCAUUACAUCACUUCCCCUCGCUAUGGCGACGCCCUCGGGUAUGUCUGUACCGGGGUUGUUACCGAGGGAAACGACAUCAUCGUGUCUGGGGAGCUGGGAGCUCGCAGGAUGGCCAGACAGAAGGACAGGAACGUGGAGAUUUUCAGGUAUAACGUGGAAGCCCAGGGCAGCUGGAAGCACCUGUGUUCCGCCGAGUACCGUGACUCGUACGCGUUAGGUUCUCUGGGGGAGAACCUGUAUUUGCUGGGGGGUCAGAUGAAGUUGAAGAAUCAGUACCUCAUCACUAACUCUGUAGAACGCUGGUGUCUACAGGGAGGGCCUUGGAGGAGCGCCGCCCCCCUGCCUAUGCCUCUGGCCUAUCACAGUGUGGUCCGACUCAAGGGCCGCCUCUAUGUUUUGGGUGGGCGAACCCCACAGACAUACAAAGAUGACGAGGAGCCAGACCGUAUGAGUAACCGCUUGCUGGAGUACGACCCAGAAACCAACAAGUGGGCAGAACUGGGCCCAAUGAAGUAUUCCAAAUACCGCUGCAGUGCUGUGGCGCUGAACGGCGAGAUCUAUGUUCUAGGGGGCAUCGGGUGCGAAGGGGUGGACCGGGGCCAGUCCCGCCGUUGCCUGGACGUCGUGGAGAUCUACAACCCAGACGGAGACUUCUGGAGAGCGGGUCCACCGCUGCCCUGGCCUCUCCUGUCCCUCCGGACCAAUGCUCCCAACGCCGGGGUGGUGGACGGGAAGCUGUACGUCUGCGGAUACUACAAAGGAGCAGAUCGCCACGACAACAUCACCAAAGACAUCCUGCAGCUGGACCCAUGGGAGAAUGAGUGGACGGUGGUGGCGAGACAGGUCCUGAUGCACGACAGCUACGACGUCUGUCUGGUGGCUAAUCUCAACCCCAGGGGUCUAAUGCCACCCCCUGCAGAUCUGGUGGAUGAAUGA